AAUAAUCGUUUUCACACAACUACACGGACAAUUUAGUAUGUUGGACCCAAGAAGGAAAUACGACCCAGCUGUGACCUGCUUGCUGUUUAUGUCUGUGAAAUGGACACGUAGCUUGAGAAAAGAGUCAUGUUUAAUAUAAAAUCUCUGCAGAGAAACAAAACGGUCAAAUAUGGAGUCCCUAUGCUUCUGCUUGUAAUUGGUGGCUCCUUUGGCCUACGAGAGUUUACACAAAUCCGAUAUGAUGCCCAGAAGAUCCGAAAGAGGCUUGAUCCUUCACUGGAGGCUAAAGUGGACGCCCAAAAGCAGUCAGUGAUUUUGGAGGAAGAGUAUAAGAAGAUGAAGGAAAUUAAUUUGGAUGAGUGGAAGAACAUCCGUGGUCCCCGUCCCUGGGAGGACUCGAGGGAAUACCAGGAGCAGCAGCGCAGCAGGCUGAGCAAAACAAGCUGAGACUCCGGGAUGAACAGACGGCACACACACCGCAGCAGCACGGUGAUGGACUGUAGACACGUCUACGGAGACGAAGCCACUGAUGUUCAGAUAUCCCAGACACUGCAGCGUCAGGGUUUUGGAGUUGGCUUGGUUAAAAUUAUAUCUCUAUUUAAAGAAAUCUAUCAUUUUUUUAAUAGAAACAAAUGUAUAAAUGAAUCUGAUUCAGUUUGCAGUAACAAACAACCAGCAGGUGGCACCUUCCAUUCAGACAACAAGGAGGGACUUAUGGAGUAUAUCGAUGUGAUUUCCAUGUUUCAAUAAAUGAUUACUGUUGUUCCUAA